CCCGAUACGCGGCCGCGCGCCCACGUCCGUGAUUAACCCUGAUUUCGCGGUCGCGUUCGUGCCCUUCGCGCGAGCCAACUCCUUCAUCCCGACGCCGAAAAAGUCCUCUCCACGCACGGCCAUGUUUGUCGAAACGAUAGCAUGUUCCUUUCCGCACGCUGAUGUUCAUGUCGCGUCCGAUGGCGGUCGCGACCCACCGUCCUCUUCCGCGGAUAGACAUCCGCGAUCAAACUACAUCGCGACUUUUCGCGAGGGGGGAGGGUACGGCUAGGAAUGCAUAUAUUGCGGAGCGCGUGUGUCAGCCCCGUGUGUAGAGCAUCUGCUGUUGCGUUUCUUGCUUUCACGCGUCGCCGAUUCCCGAUACGGUCGGAUUGCUCGCUUGCGAGAUAUGGCCUCGAUACCGCGCGUACAUGCCGCGUGCGAUGGCACGUGGGACUUCGGAAUGAUCGCAAACUCGGCAGGUUCGCGCUAACGUUCCAUUGUCGAGUUCCCCUAAGCCACAUUGAACCUAAAUUAUUCUACAAAUUUCGUGCACCGUUAACAUUAUAGGGCGAUUUCGAUAUAGCGAUAUGAUUGCAAGGUCUCAUCAUGGAGCAACUCAGCGAGGGACAAGCAGUAGUAGUUGGCGGUGCAGGUGGUACUGUACAAGUUGUUCAAAUGGGUCAAGGUGGACAGACUAUGAUGCUUCCACAGGCUAUACAGGUAGCAGCGCCCAAUGGGCAAAUCCAAGUAGUUCCUGUCUCUAGCUUGACUAAUACCGGUCAGCAAAUAGUUAUUCAGCAGCCGCAAACACCACAGAUUAUUCAAACUCCUGACGGACAGACUUAUAUUUAUCAGCCUGUACAACUAGAAGGUCAAGUUCAACAACCACAACCGACAGUAAUAAAUCUCAAUGGUAAUCUUAUGCAAAUCGCUGGUACAACAUCACAAGCUACAACAACUGCAGCUACUACCGCUCCAGUACAACCUUUAGGCAGUCCUACAUCGACAAUGUCACAAACGGGAAAUGUUGUUAUGAUGGUGCAACCAGGCAAUAGCGGACAAACGCAAGCAUUCCAAAGAGUAGCGUUACCUCAUGCAGAACUUCUUGAAGAGGAACCAUUGUAUGUGAAUGCAAAACAAUACAGGCGGAUAUUGAAGCGUCGCCAAGCGCGUGCUAAGCUAGAAGCUGAAGGAAAGAUACCUAAGGAAAGGCCGAAAUAUCUCCACGAAUCUCGUCAUCGACAUGCGAUGAACAGAAUUCGUGGCGAGGGCGGCCGUUUCCAUUCUGGUCAAGUGAAAAAGCGGAAUAGAGGAAAUGCAAACUCCACGAUUACCCAGCACAUCACAACUUCAACCAGCACCGAUAGCAUUCAUACUGUAGCAAUAGCAGCCCCAAAUGUAGGUGUACAAUAUCACGACACAGACAAUAUGGCAUCCACAAUUGUACUUGAAAAACCAAAUAUUCCUCUGCAAGAUAUGAUCUCUGAUGACGACAUUAUUACUUCAAACAAUCAUUUGAUAUAGAUAAUAUCAUAAAUUGGAUUUCUCUCAAAAGAAAAAUAAGUCUAAAAAGUUAGGUGUCGAUUAUGUGUCGAUUAUAUUGAACAUUUGCAUUUUGUAAAUAUUUUCAUCCCCCUAGGUGCAAUGUAUAAUACAAGUGUAAUUUUUUCAAAAAGCUGUGUGAUUUUUACAUAACUAUAGAUAAGAGAUUGUAUAUAAGGUUGCACACAGAUAUAUCUCUUUUAUUUCUUUUUUUCUAUUAUUAUAUCAUACUUAAUAAUUAACGAUUAAAAAUUUUGCUGAUAAACUAAGCUUAAAUUUAAAAAAAAAAUAAAUAAAUAGAUAAUUAAAAUUAUGUUUUUCAGCUAAUUUUUAAUGGAUUUUGGAUUUUUAAAAUGCGAUUACACAAAUGUACAAUAUUGGAAAUUACAAAACGAUAAUUUUUUUGCGUAUUAGAAAAUUGCGUAAGAAAAUUUUUAAAUCAUUUUUGAAGAAGUUUUCUGUGUUUUUUUGAUUUGCGAAAUGUAUUGUUGGUCUUUCUGAGACAUUUGCAUGUACAUAUAAGUAUCUACAAUAUAUCUCGCACUAUUUACAUUUUUAUAAUAAUUUUAUAACAGUUAUGCUUAAUAUAUAUGUAUGUAUGUGUGUGUGCGUGUGCGUGCGUGCGUGCGUGUGUGUGUGUGUGUAUGUAUGUAUGUAUGUAUGUAUGUAUGUGUAUAUAUAUACAUAUACACAUAUAUAUUAAAUCAAUUUUCAUAUUUAGUGAAAAUAAAUUAGAUGAAUGUAUAGCAUAAUAAUUGCAUGUGGACAAAGAGAUUCUUCUUUUAAUAAUAAAAUAUGUUUUGUCAAGUUUAAUGAGAUUUAGAUUUAGAUUAGCAAUAUUGUAAAGUUAUAGACUGAAUCAUAAGUUGUAUAUAUCAUGUGCUGGGUAUAUUUUUUCAAA